AUGCGUUCUACCUCUGGUCUCGCGGCGCUUUCUGCACUCGCUCUGGUCGAGAGUGCCAACGCGCGCUGCCGGUCACAACCUGGAGAUUCUACUUUCCCUACGAGUCAAGACUGGGCGGAUUUGAACUCCACAGUCGACGGUCGAUUACUAGCAGUAGUGCCCUCCGCAAAAGCCUGCGCAGACAUAGGAUGCACUCCAGAGCAAUGGGCCAGUGCUGUAUUCCGGAACACUCUUCCUGGUCAGAUGAACGUAUACAAUUGGGAGCAGAACUACACAGCCAACCCCGCCGAACUCUGUCUCUAUAACGACACCAGUUCGUGCUCACAAGGAGACGUCCCGUUGUACGCGAUCAACGCUACGGAGCCGGAGCAUUUGCAGGCGGGUGUCACUUUUGCUUCACAACAUGACCUACGUGUGGCCGUUAAGUCCUCGGGACACGAUUAUCUCGGCCGGUCGACCGCUCGCAAUUCCCUUCUUCUCUGGACGCAAUACUUCCAGGACGUCAACUUCACUGAAUCAUUCACGGUUGGCGACCAAGACAAGGGCAGCGCUGUCACAGUUGGGAGCGGUGUUGGACUAAAGACGAUUUACGCCGCUGCGAAGGAGGUCAACAAAACGGUUGUAGGUGGCACGGCCGCAACAGUCAGCGCCGGUGGAGGUUAUACGCAGGGCGCAGGGCAUUCUGCCUUCAGCCCGCUAUACGGUCUCGCCGCCGACAACGUUCUGCAGUACGAGAUCGUGCUUGCGAAUGGGUCUUUCGUCACCGCCAACGAGGUUUCAAAUACGGAUCUAUUCUGGGCUCUUCGUGGUGGCGGUGCUGGCAGUUGGGGUGUUAUUACUUCCGUCACGAUGCAGACGCACCCCGCGUUCACAGUAUCUGCGCAUAGGGCGAACAUACUCUUCAACAGUACGGCCCAAGCGGCGGCAGCGAUGACAGUCCACGCCCAACACGUCUUCGACUACGACACGUAUCGUGCCGGCCAGUACUUCUUCUUGUACAAUCUCGGCGGAGGCGAGAGCUUCCUCCAGACAAGCACGCUUUUUGCCAAUGUGUCUGGCGACGACGCACAAGCGGCUGUCGAUUCUUUCCUUACGGAUAUCCAGGUCGUUGGCGCUACGUUGAUCAACCAGACGGUGGUGACUGCUCCGGUCAACGAUGUCGUCGGCGAAGCCGAUGACACUGCCGGCUACAACGGCGUGCUAGGGUCGCGAUUGAUCCCGGCGGCCCAGUAUGAGCAGAACCCCUCAGUAAUUGGGGCAGCAUACAAGACAUUACUUGACAACGGAGUAAACAGUAUUCUUGGCCAUAUUGUUGCUGGCGGCAAAGUUGCUGAAAACGCCAACAUCAGCUCGGCGAUCCUUCCCAAGUGGCGUACCGCAAAGACUCACGUCAUCGCAACAACGUCCUGGAACGACACUCUGUCCCCCAGCGAGGCCAUCGCGUUUCAAGAGAGCUUCUUCUCGCAAAACGUGCCGGUAUUAGCCGCCGCCACUGGCGAGGACGACAGCGGUGCGUACUCGAACGAGGACAACGUUCUGGAACUAGACUUCAAGACCACCUUCUUCGGGCCGAACUAUGAUAGGCUGCUAUCUGUUAAGGCGGAGUACGAUCCUAACGACCUAUUUAUCGCUGUGCACGGGUUUCCGGAUAACUCGGGAUUACCCACUCAGGCUGUCGGCGCUCACAGUGCAAGCCGUGUCAAGGUCAUUACAGGCUCUCCGCUACAUGAGCUACAUAACAAUGCAACUCAAGGUCUUGCAGCCUUGUCUCUCUUCACGCUAGCCGACGCUGUUGUCGCUCGCUGUCGAUCCCAACCUGACGACUCUCGCUUCCCGGAAGUUCAAGCGUGGGCGGAUCUGAACUCUACGGUCGGUGGUCGAUUGAUAGCGGUAGUACCCUCUGCGAAAGUAUGCGCAGACAUAGGCUACACGCCUGCUCAGUGGUCGAGCGCCGUGUUCCGGAACACUCUUCCAGGACAGAUGAACGCAUAUAAUUGGGAACAGGAUUACACGUCGAAUCCUGCCGAACUUUGCGUCUACAACGACACCAGUUCAUGCUUGCAGGGUGAUGUGCCGCUCUACGCCAUCAACGCCACCAAGCUAGAGCACUUGCAGGCGAGUGUCUCCUUUGUUUCGCAAUACGACCUUCGUGUGGCCGUCAAGUCCUCGGGACACGAUUAUCUCGGCCGGUCGACGGCUCGCAACUCCCUCCUCCUGUGGACGCAAUACCUCCAAGAUGUUAACUUCACUGACUCCUUCAUUGUCGGCGGUCAGGAUAAGGGUAGCGCUGUGACGGUAGGGAGCGGUGUGGGACUGAAGGCCAUCUACGCUGCCGCGAAGGAGGUCGGCAAGAUGAUCGUUGGGGGAACAGCCGCCACUGUGAGCGCUGGCGGAGGCUAUACACAAGGCGCAGGACAUUCUGCCUUCAGCCCCAUCUACGGUCUCGCCGCCGACAACACACUGCAAUACGAGAUUGUGCUGGCUAAUGGAUCCUUUGUGACGGCCAAUGAGGUCACGAACACUGAUCUAUUCUGGGCUCUUCGCGGCGGCGGCGCUGGUAGCUGGGGCGUCAUCACGUCGAUCACCAUGCAGACACACCCCAUCUUCAAUGCAAGCGCGCACGUAGCGAACAUCCUCUUCAACAGCACGAGUCAGGCUGCAGCUGCGAUGACGGUGCACGCGCAACAUAUAUUCGACCUCGAUGCGCUUCGUGCGGGCCAGUACUUCUUCGUGUACAAUCUUGAUGGGGGCGAGAGCCUGCUUCAGAUGAGCACGCUCUUUGCCAACAUCUCGGGCGAUGAUGCACAGGCGGCAAUCGCACCAUCCCUUGCGGACGUUCAAGCUGUCGGCGCUUCCAUUCUCAAUCAGACUGUGGUGACCGCUCUCGUCAACGAUAUCGUGGGCGAAGCCGAUGAUAACGCCGGCUUCAACAAUGUACUGGUAUCUCGAUUAAUCCCAGCGACGCAGUAUGAGCACAACCCCUCGGUGAUCGGCGCUGCGUACAAGACUCUACUUGAGCAGGGAGUGAACCAUGUACUUGGUCAUCUUGUUGCCGGUGGCAAAGUGACUGAGAACGCGAAUAUCAGCUCGGCGAUCCUCCCGAAAUGGCGUACGGCAAAAACUCACGUUAUCGCGAGUACGACCUGGAACGACACUGUGUCGGCGAGUGACGCCGUAGAGCUACAACAGCGCUUCUUUUCGCAGAAUGUCCCUGUUCUUGCUGCGGCCACUGGCGAGGACGAUAGCGGCGCGUACUCGAACGAGGCGAACGUUCUGGAGCCAGACUUCAAGACCACAUUCUUCGGGCCGAACUACGAUCGCUUGUCAUCCAUCAAGGCGCAGUACGAUUCGAAAGACCUGUUCAUCGUACGCGCUGGAGUUGGCAGUGAGAGAUGGGACGUCUCUGGCAUGUGCACGGUGUAG